UCAUACCAGAUCUGCUGUGUAGCUCCUAAAAUAGUGGCAAGCGGAUGAAAAUCUGACCAAAUAUAAUCAGUAUUUAGGGCUAUUUUUUGUUCACCUAUGCCACUAAAAGAUCAGUCAAAUUCCACCGCCAUGAAGCCGGCAGUGGACGAGAUGUUUCCCGAAGGAGCUGGACCCUACGUGGACCUGGACGAGGCUGGGGGAAGCACAGGACUGCUGAUGGACCUUGCUGCCAAUGAAAAGGCAGUACAUGCUGAUUUCUUCAAUGGAACCCCAGGAAGGUCAGUCUGCAGACUCCUCACCAAGUGCAUUCCCAGAUCCAUUUAUUUUUUAUCACCCUGCGCCUCCGACGCGCCACUUUAUGAGAAAAUGCCUGGCUUUGCAGAAACAUUUUGAAGAUCUGUUCGAUGACGAGGACAUACAGUGAAAGAUUAACUUGUCUGCAGAGCGGUGAUGGAUGAUAUCCACACGACUCCGUGGCACAUUUUUCUGUGGAAAGCAAACCAGACAUUUACCGACUAAUAACAUACAAUUUCCUUUCAUAGUUGUCCUAGUUUCAAGCGCUUUGUUUUAAAGCAUCCUUAAAAAGUCGUCCGAGGCUCCAGAUGUUGUGAAAUUCUCAAGAGCCCAAGGAUUCUUUCAUAUGUGGUAUGUCAAAAUUAUGAGCUUGUAUCUCGCUCAUGUCUUUGACUGCUUCUCAACUGGAUUGUAGGUUCCUGUGUGCGCGAGAACACCUGUUCAGAGGCGUAAUUAUACAUAUGAUGGGCAAAGGCUCCAUAUGCUGCCGCCCUUUAGCGCACUGCAGAUGGUAUCUGUGAAGUGAUGGUCUGCUGAGAUUGUUUACAAUAUUUGAACGACACUGCGUGACAGUCACAUCCUGUAUGUUCUCCGUGUUUGCUCGUAUAACAAUGUUUCCUGUUACAUCUUGAAUUUGUACAUAUGUCUACAUUGUAUUUUUGUGAUGGGAGUGACACCGGUCAAAACUCAAUAAAUAGCACUUUAUAUUAUA